AACAACGCCGCGCCGCGAGAGCCGCACAAACGACACCAAAUUGCGUGAUCCGCAUUCGGACGCCGCCCCAGCGUCGUCUGGUUACUGCCAAGCCACCGAGGCAACGCACACGCGAUCAAGGGGCUGCUGUGCCAAGGCAGGCAGUGGGGGGCAGCACAAAAACUGCCCUUUGUGUAGCACAAUGGUGCAGCGGAGGCGGACCGAGCACGAGUUCCCGCCGCGCCCCUGCCCCGUGGACUUGUUAGAAUCUCAGGCCUUCAGCAGAGCAUGCGAGCACGCGCGGAAGGUGCUGCCGCCGGCCCCGAAGUUCCUGCCCGGCCUGCCGCCGCUCAUGCCGCCGCCGGCCGUGCGGCUGCAGACGCAGGACGUCGCCGCGGGCCCGGCGCCGGCCCGCGUCCACGAGGGCGCGGCGCUGUCCGACGACGAUGACGACGACGGCCUCCUGCCCGGCCAGGCGGCGCCAGGCGACGGGUUUGUGGUGGUCCACGACCCGUCGCUGACGGGCAUGCCCCUCUACUGCUGCUGCAUGGCGUUGCAACGGUUGCCGGCGAAGGACGCGCUGGCGCUGCGGGCGACGAGCCGCGCCUUCCGCGAGCGUAUUACUUUUCUGUCCUUGGCGCUACGGCCGCCGCUCGGCGUUGUUGGUAGAAAGCGUGAUGCCUUGAAAAAGGCGACGCGGACAUUACCGACCGCCGCAGCCAUCGCAAACCUAGAGCGGCGGCCCGGAGGGAAACAGGGCCCAGUGCCGCGGGCGCUCCGCGCUUUACUCAAACCCUUCGACACGACGAAGGGCGCGAGCUGGCACCGGCUUCGUAAAGCGGCCGAUGCCUGCGCCAAUAACUCGCGCACAAUGUUGGAUGUUAUGCUUUGUGUAGAUAGGGGCAACGUCGCCGCCCGGAACAACGACUUCGAGGCAGCUAGAAAUGCUCUGGGCGAGGAGCUCGUCAACGAGAAGGGGCUCUCGACGAACAAGGCGUCUUUAACAAGCCUGUACCGCAUGGACCUGUGUGGAAAUCAACCAGUGCGUCGGGUGCUCGUCGAGCGGUGAGGAACCGGCACCUCCACGCCAUCGAGCAGGCGUCGCGUCGAUGGCGUGGAGGACGACGCGAUGAUUCAGCACGAACGCGCCGUAAAAUUUUGAUUUUCACACAGGCAUGGACAAGUCCUUUGCGGCCGCUGCGUGCCGGGUCUGGUGCGCGGCGGUGCUCGAGCUGCGGGACGCGAUGGUCCGCGACCCGCACGUCUGCUCCCUCGCGCGGGACCGCGCGACGCUCUUCGCACUUGGCGGUCUCGCGAAACAGCCCAUGACCGUCGUUCCGGCAACCAUCGACGACCUCGCAUCACAAGCCACGGCGCCGUCGCACGUCCUCGAUUCAGAAUCGCUGCUCUCGCAACCGUCCGUGCUGUCGUCGAUGGCCGUCCGGGCUCCUUCUCCUUCGAGGUUCAUCAAGCUGCCCGGGCCCGCGCGGACGCCGCCUCGCACGCCGGCGGACGAAUAUAAGAUGUUCGACGAGUUCGUGCGGGCGCCGUACGUUAUGUACAAGCCGCCCGGGACGCCGGCUUCUCGCUUCGAACUCGCGCACCAGCCGCUCGACUCGCCCUGGGGCUCGGCGUUGGAAGAGGCCGGCUCAGUGGACUCGAUCGAGUCGCAAGGGUCGUGGGUGGGCACGGCGUUCAAGCGGUGCACGACCGACCGGCCGGCGACGCGCGAGCGCCUGAGCGCGUUGAGCCGCGGCGACACGCCCUACGACCCGCCGCUCUUCGACUCCCAGGAUCAAAAAGAUAGGCUGACGCAACAGGCGAAGUUUGACCGGGGACGGGCCCUGGAGAUGGCCUACACGCAGAAGCUGGCCUUCGCCGGCCGCGAGUCCCGCGGGUUGGGGUUCGACGUUCGCGCGACCGCGCGGGCGAGCCGCCGGCGGUCGCGGCGGACCCGCGAGGUCGAUGCUCUGGAAUUGCAGUUGUCUGGCGCGCCGGCACCGGCACCGGCACCGGCACCGGCUGCCGCUAGGACUAAAUAUCGAUGAUUUAUAGUGUUGCCUCGAAAACCCGUUUUGCAAAAGCGGGUGCAGCCACUGCAACCGCGACAGCGCGGCGCCUGAGGCUGCUGAGCGUCAAAUUCGGCAUUUCUGUGGACGCCACGGGUGCUGCCGACAAGCCAUCCAUCGCUGGGCAGCAAUGAGCGCCUGUAGGGCAAAAGCGCUGCCUGGCACUCUGUGCUCUCUGUAGCUUGUAGACGCUGUGCAGCGUGUUGCAUCGAUGGCGUUCCACUUCGUGCUGGUAGGAUUGCAAAUUGUUGCUGCACUGCAACCGCCGAACGCCGCCACGCGACGCUCGUCACGACUCACAGCACAUAGACACUUCGUCGUCGCCGCAUCAAACGCGUCGUCGGCCGUCGCGAACGGUCGGUUCUCCGUCAACAAUCUUCUGCAGGGCCGCGUUGACGUGCUGUGCCGCUGCGCGACGUCGGCACUGUGGUACAGCAACUGGAUCCGUACGGACGCGUCGCUGCACUUAUCCCUCAACGACACGACCGCGAGCGUCGCGGGAGCUGAGGUCCGAGGCCUGGCCCCCGAUGAAAAGACCUUCGCACUGCAGCUGCAAAGAGCGCUGGAGGACGACUGCAAGGCGGAGGCGGCGCAAGAGGGCUUCGAGCGGCGGGAGGCGCGGCGGCAACUCUUUGCGCAGAAGUCCCCGCGGAACCUCGCCCGCCGCGUCGCGCGCGCCGCCGCCAAGCGGCCGCCAUUCCCGGCCGGCUUCGCGGUCCGGCGCGGCGAGUCGCUCCCGGAGCUCGUGCGACGCCUCUCUAACAACACGAAUGUCGUCGUGCUCGACGAGGGCGGCGCGCCGUUCGAGCCGCCGAGCGGCGAUGUGGUCGUUGUCGUCGCCGACCAAUUGGGCUGGGCGCCGGGCGCCCUGGAAGGC